GGAGGGAACCGAAACCGGGAAUUUUCGAGCCCUCUGGGAGCUCGUGCCUGUGUCUAAGCAUGAAGUCUUAGCUACAUUAAAAGCUGCUGUCUCUUACUCGGUUGCCAACUUUCUCCCUGUCCUCUUGGAGCAAUUAAGAAAAAACGCCAGCGUAAUUACUUCCUCGGUUUUGUCGUUCUUACCGACGUCGAUAGGGUUUGGGAUGGAAGACGUCAGUCCUCUCGGUAAGGAGAGACAUGAGUAUAUGAAGAUGGAAUUUACAAUUAAACACACCUGGGAUGGUUUACCUGUGAGCCAUGAGCCGGUAACAAUUGGGCUGAAGUCGAACAAUGCAGGACUGCUAAUGGAAGUUAAUGCUCCCUUCUUUAAUAACCCUCCAGCACCGCUUGGAGAGCCAGGGAAACCUUUUAGUAGAUUGUGGGACUAUGAGGUUGUAGAAGCAUUUUUCCUGAGUGACAGAACUGAACAGUAUUUAGAAGUUGAACUUUGUCCCCAUGGACAACACUUGUUGCUGCUACUUUCUGGCAAAAGAAGAAUAUGGAAAGAAGAACUUCCUUUAGAGUUUGAGGUGACCAGAAUGAAAACCAAAUGGGAGGGUAAAGCUCAUCUUCCGUGGAAUUAUUUUCCACCAUGCACUAACAAAUUCAAUGCAUUUGCAAUUCAUGGCUCAGGAGAAGAGAGAAAAUAUGAAGCGCUUCAUCCUGUGCCUCGACAUGAACUACAGGAAGGACAGAAACCAGAUUUUCAUCGCUUGGAAUUUUUCAAAGAUUUGAACCUGAAAGGACUAAUGGGAGAAGACUGGAAGCAGCCUGAAUCAGAUAUAUGGAAGUCUCUCACUAAUUAAAUGGAUUGAGGCAUAAAUUUUUAAAGCACUAAGGUUGGAUGAAGCUGUAUGGAAAAAACUUCUUCAUUCUGAGCAGAGUUUGUAAAUAUCAGAUUACUAAGGCUUUCCUUGACACCAAAAUCAUUGAUCAAUCUUAAAAUCAACUGUAAAGUAUCUGGGCCAGUUGAUUCUGAACGUAUGAAGUAGGCAACAGCUUGUGUUUCAGUUCAUCUGGGUAUGGAGUUUUUCAUCUGUGCAAGAGAUGAACCUGCUCCUACUAAUGAAGGGGAGAAAGUGUGCUAAAAUUACAGCUGUGUUUUCAUGAGAGCUCUGAGCCUGACAAGGCCAAUAUCUGGCUUGGAAUCUUUCAGUUUCCUGUAGUUGCUGCAUUUCUGCUGUAUUUUGACGGCUGCUGGUUUGUUUCUUGGCUGUUGAAUGAGAUUGUUAUGUGCCUAAAUUUUUUGAUUGCUAUCAGGAGAAAGAAUGCCUCCUUCAGGAAAAGAAAAGAAUAUAGCUAUCAUGGCGUUUUGUGGCCCAGUACUUGCAUUGCAAGAUGCUGUGGAGGUAUAACACUACCCUUUCCUGUACCUUCCUAUACCUGAAGUUUUCCCUUGCAUAGUGGGGGGAACUUAAUCUCUAUUACUUUAUUAGCACACCUCUCCCCUUCAAAUUCUCUGUGGAAUUUCUAGUGAUUUUUAGGUACAGAGGAUAGAUUUACAAAACGUUUUAUGUAUUCCAGGAAAAGUUUCUGGGACAAAUAAUGUUUAGUAUAACCUUUUGAUAUAGUUGUGUGCCUACAAAAGCUCGUUUGUUGCAAGACCUUAUCACAUCACCUUAAGGAUUCAGCUCAGACAUAUGAGAAUUUUGCUUGCAUACCACCUAAUAUUGGAAAUACUCUAAAUGUAUGUGCCUAUAUUUUAUACUUAUGGGCAUGAAUGUUUUUAACAGUACUGUAUACUGUUGGAUGUUAACAUCUAACCUGUAAACUUUCACAGGAUUUACAAACGAGAUGCUCCUUUUUUGUCUGGCAUAGUAAGUGCUGCUUGAUUGUGGCUGCUGACUUGAUCCUAUAUAAAUUAACUUAGAAAACGGGAAGCUUACCUGCUAACCAGAUCCUACAUCUGAAAAAUAGGUGACUUUAAAAUCAAACUUCUUUGGUUUAGUCCAGAAUGAGGAUUCAGACCAAGACAUGGUCCUCAGUCCUUUACUAGAAAGAGGACUUCCUGCAUUCUGUUGAAAUGUCAUUAUCACAGGGUAAAAGGUGGUUGUGUUCUUUACCUUUGUGGGAAGGAUUGUUUUGGGAGUCCGAGAGAAUAUGGCUCAGUCAUAACUGAGGGAGUAUCUUUCAAAAGUUAUGCCCUGAGGAUGUGGUGUUGGGUCUCAUCCUUUUGUGUAGCAUUUUCUACUGAACAAUUCAGAAUCCUACAAGUUCCUGAAAGGGACUGGUGUUCUUGUAGUCUUAACAUCCUGCUCAAAGCAGGGCUAUUGUUGAAGCUAGAUGAGUUUGCUCAGGGCCUUGUCGAGCUUUGAGUAACUCCAAAGACGGAGCUUCAAAUGCUCUGGGUAGCCUGUUUCAAUACUCAACUAGUUCUGUUAUGAAAAUUUACCUAAUUGCCAUUUCCUAUGCUGUAACUUCUGUCCAUUGCUUUUUGUCUUUUCUCUGUGCAUCUCCAAGAAGAGUGACUUUUUCUCUAUAACUACCAGUUAGGUAACUGAAGAUAACUGUUAGCUCCCCAUGGAUUACUCUAAAUGUUGUCAUUCUCAGUUUGCCUUUUCUGACUCUCAUUAGUAAGCACAUUCCACUCAGAUAAUACGACAGACAAUGUAAAAGUGUAACUUGAGUUGAAGCUCAGAGACAACAAUGCUCCCAGGCCUUUCUUGUUUAUUUAGCUCAUAAAUGCUUCUAAAAAUCUUCUGUGUAGCUUUAGACAUCAAAAUGCCUGUAAAGUUUUGCACAAGGCUGCACUCUAAGUCAUAUUACUAAAAGGAUUCUCUGUUCUCUUCUGAGCUUGUACUCAUUAAUAACCAUAGUCUGAUGGUCAUGUUUUCUUUGUUGUCUUUAAAUUUAACCCUACCUGUAAACUCUGCCUGAGAAGAAGAGAAGAUGGGAAUAUCCUGCCUUUGUGGAGAACAUCUCUGUGUGAUUAAUAUCUGAGAUCGAAUGUUACUUCAGAGUUUUUGUUUGGCUUUAGAUUCCCUCUUUUUACUUUCACUUUUAUAGAACUAUACUUUCAAAUUUAAGGAUAUUAGGCUUUUUCACAUACAGACUUUGGCACAUCAAUGCACUGAGCCAUCCAAUUGUUUUUGCUCUCUUUUAAUUAGACACUAUACAUUCCUUGCUAUAAAGUGCCAUCUGUUGAAAAUUAUAAGUAUUGUACAUUCAAUUGUUUGGCUUCUUUUCUACCUUCAAUCCAUGUACAUUUUUCUAAAGGAUGACAUCAGUCUGAAAUAUUGAAUAAUCCAAUAAAUGUUGAUUAAAAACAUCUUCCAGAUAGUGACAUCUCAAAGCUGCUUUUGAAAUUUCAGUCAAAAGCAAAAACUGUUUCAUUAAACUUUUAGACUUCGUUUUAAACAGUGUGUCAAAAAAGUGCAUGCAAAGGUUCAGAAUGAGUUUACUAUUUUUCUCACAAAGGUUGUUUUCACGUGAUGAAUGAUGUUUUGUAUGUAAAGGACAGUAAAUCAAAUUAUUUAUUCAGAGGCUUCAUCUCGUAUUCAUUCCCACUUCAAACUGACAACUUCAGAUUUGACUUCGGAUGCAAACUAUAAACUUUGAGGGAAAUAUAUUACUUUCCCUGAAUAAGUAAUUUAAAGUAAAAUAAUUGUCUCUGCAGUACAAAAUAUAAUGCUAGAUGCUUCUGAAGAUAGGAGUUAUCAUACAGGCUUUAUUCAAGGCACAUGCUACUCCAUGCUACUGUCAGUUGGUUCACUUGUAUGUUUCUAAGCUUUAAGAGUCUGUUUGAACUGUAAGUGCUGGCUUUUAUCAAAGGUUUCCAUAUGGGUUCAUGGAGUGCAGAGUUGGAACCUGUGUGCUGACAUGUUUCUGAAGGUUUAAAGUUAAAUUAAUCCCUUGGUAGAAACUUAACUGUAGGACGGAGUCCUACGUAAGGCAUAUGUUAGAUGGAAGCGCAGUGUCUUGCCACAUACUAGUGAAUUCAUGGCUCAUCAAUGGACAAUACAAUGCUUGCCAGCAUCACUUAAAGCUCCCACGACUUUGCAGGGACGGGUAUCAAUGUUCAUUGAGAUGACUAGCUAGUUUGUAGCUUUCUUGCUCUGUUCUGCUUUUAACCAGGCCUUGUUUUACACUGUGGAGGCCAAUUGUAGCCUGUAUUUCCUGAAUUGCCCUCAUUUUGAUGACGGGAGGAGAAGACAAAACAAGCUCUGUUCUGCAUGAGUUCCAUUUAAGUACAUGUUCAAUAAUAAUUAAUCCUGGUAUAGAAGGAAUGUGAUUCAAUCCAGUCUAGCUCAGUGUGUGUAUGUACGUGCAUACAUAUAUUGAGGUAUUCAGCAUUGUGCUGGUUUUGUAUGUCAAACUUGUAUCAAGAAUAAUACAGAUAAAUUUUCUAAAUUGUCACACUGAAUAUACUUUAUGGAGGAUAUCAAUUUGAUAAAAUGCAGAGCUGCAUGAUAGAAAGCACAGAUCACGCAAGCAGUCUAUCCACAAAUCCAUUUCACUUUGAAAUGGAUUUAAACACUUCAACCCUGUGAGCACUUCUUAUCCAUUGCUCUCUUAAAAUAAAAUAAUCAA